GAGUUUACGGUGUACAAAUGAAAUGAAGGUAAAAGCCGAGAAGAGAGAAGCAAAAGGCGAAAUGGCAGGGAGCAGCGGAGUUUCUUCAAAUACGACGCCGUCUCUUGCUCCUAAAAUAUUACUAGCUAAACCAGCUCUGGUCACUUCUUCCGCCGCUAAAUAUAAUCGCUCCGGCGCCGACGAUGACUCCACUUCUUCACACUCUAUUCGCUCUCGAACUCCUCCCAUCGGUUCUCUCAAUCUCAUCUCCGAUUCCUCUUGGGAUUUUCACGCCGAUCGCUUUCUUCCUUUUUUGACCGAUAAUACUGAUUUCACAGUGGUUGGGGUAAUUGGGCCUCCUGGAGUGGGCAAGUCUACAAUUUUGAAUGAGCUGUAUGGCUUUGAUGGAACAUCCCCAGGAAUGCUGCCUCCUUUUGCAAUAGAAUCAGAAGAAACAAAGGCAUCCGCAAGGCAUUGUACUGUUGGUAUAGAACCCAGAAUUUCUAAUGAAAGGAUCAUACUUCUUGAUACUCAGCCUGUGUAUAGUCCUUCCGUUUUAGCUGAGAUGAUCAGACCGGAUGGUUCAUCAACAAUAUCUGUAUUAGGUGGUGAAUCUUUAUCAGCUGAACUAGCUCAUGAAUUGAUGGGUAUACAGCUUGGUGUUUUUCUCACAUCCAUUUGUCACAUAGUAGUGGUGGUUUCAGAUGGACUUCAUGAUAUGAACAUGUGGAAUUUGAUGUCAACGGUGGACUUGUUAAAGCAUGGCAUUCCAGACCCCUCUUCCCUAACACUUCAAUACCCUCAGAGCUCCAAUUUGGGUGCUUCAGACAAGGAGAGCAAAGAUAGAAUUCAGGAUGGUGGAGAAGAGUACGUGGCUACUCCAGUUUUUGUACAUGCAAAGUUGCUUGAUCAAGAUCUUGCUCCUCAUACUCUGGUGCACCUAAAGAAAGGGCUUGCUCAAUAUUUUACCUCCUCUUCAUUUGUGAGAUCAAAAAACCAAAAUGCGGUGAAAGAUUCCAACAAUUCUUCUGAAAAUCUUAUAAGCCAGAUAUAUGAUUUAGAGUCAGAAGUGAAACUAUAUUUACUCCCGUAUCAGAGGAAAGAUGGUUCAUCAAAGGCGCAAUAUAGUAGCUAUGCAACAAUGUUGUGGAACAUAAGAGAUCAGAUUUUAUCGAUGGAUACCCCAUCUUUUUCAAGGACUCUUUCUGAACGUGAUUGGCUUAAGAAUUCUGCCAAGGUAUGGGAUCUAGUAAAGAACUCACCAAUCAUUGCUGAGUACAGCAGAACACUUCAAAGUUCAGGAAUGUUUAGAAGGUAGCUCUGGUUUUUACCUUGUCGCAGCAAAUUGUAGCUUCUUGAUUAUUGAUACCAAAAGAAGACCUUCACUACACAAGUUAGUUUGAGGUUUUUGUUUAGCAAUUGCAUUUUUGCUAUUAAUGAAGUGUGCCAACUCCUUGGUAAAUCUAGAAGGUGAGAAUUUUUUUUUUAAGAAUCUUUGCUUGAAAAGCUCUGGUUGUAAUUUAUGAUAACUGAGAGAUUGGGUGUGUCAAUUUUGGAGAAGCAUCGAAGUUUUCCUAUUAUUUGUAUUUGAUUCCUCAUGUUUUAUUACUUGAA